UAGAAGGCAUGGCAACAACACUUGCUCCCGCAUAGAGGUAGUGAAAUAUGCACUUUUACAGCAAUCCGAACACAUUGCUGCUAGUAAGUAUCAAAACCUGCUAGCUUUUGUAGCUCCAGUGACUGACUGAUCUCAACCGGUUAGCAGUUUGAAUGGCAGUUCUGGCUGGUGAUGGCUUGCUAUGCCGACCACUGCUAGCUUCUGUAGAUGAAGCUUUGGAGAAGUAUGGGGAAUCCUUAGUGCGACAGUGUGGAUAUGUCUAUCAAUUUCACCUCAAGGAUGGGGGCGAGCGCGGCAACUUCACGCUGGAUUUGAAGAAUGGACGUGGCUCGCUUCGUGUCGGAUAUGACCCCCGGGCUGAUGUAUUUAUCAGCAUGCUGGAUGAAGACAUGGUUGCCCUGGGCAAGGGCACCUUGAGUAUUUUCAAUGCGCUUCGCGACGGUCGUUUGCAGAUCAAAGGAGAUCAGCUGGCCUCGCAAGUUCUGGUGGAUGUGAUGCAACGCAUCGAGCGAACGAAGAGGAACGAUGUCCCCAAAGCUGUACCUCAAAGUGACGAGAGUACGAAGAUGUGGCGAUUUGGCGCAGUGCUUUGCUUCCUUGUGAUCGUUGUGCUUGCCAUUUGCAUCGUAAAUCCCUGGGAGAUUCACAGGUCUGCUGGAGGGCCUCGUGAGAUGGAGAUCCUGGCACACAUGAGCCAAGGGAACCUUUGGAAACUCAAUAACGGCAUCGUGAAGAAGAUGAACACCUUUACCAUGAAGGCGUUCAAGACUCUUUUUCCUAUGAAGAAGGCGGUUGACGUGAUCCCGUCCGACGUUUUCCUGGUGGGUUCUUUAGGAACCGGAACAACCUGGCUCAGCCAUAUCAUGCACGGCUUACGAAGUGGUGGAAGUAUGUCCUUUGAGGACAUUUGGGAAGUCGUUGCUUGGUAUGACAGCUUGGCAGCAAAGAACGUGCUGUCCUUCCAGACGAACUAUGCUCCAAGGCUCUUCAUGUCUCACAGGAUACGCGGGAUGCUGCCAACUAAUGCUCGCUAUGUUGUGUUGAUGCGAGACCCGCUGCAGGUGGUUCAAUCCCAGUACGACUUCUUCUGCAAUAGCUCUUGGGCUGAACUUGCAGGAUUGAAGCGUGCAGAGAUGCACCCACUCCUUUUCACUCCCACCACCUUUGCGAGCGUCACCAGCAAUGAGUUCUGGCUGCACAUCUUGUCUUGGUAUACGUGCUGUUGGAAAAAUCCGGAGGUCCUUUGGAUCACCUACGAGGACUUUGUGGAUGAUCCAGCUUCGCAGAUUCGGAUGCUAGGCAAGUUUCUCCAACAUCCUCCAGGCGCCGAACUUCUGAAGAAGUUGGUACACCAGAGCAGUAGAAGCUUUAUGCUGGAGCACGAGUCCAAAUUUGACUGCCAUAGUUUGCUCGAUCAGUUCGACGUGUUCCAACUGAAAGAUGGAUCCCGCGCUAGGUUGCCACGGGUUGCCGAUGAUGCUUCAAUGCAGGUGGACUCUCGCAUAGUGCAACUGCUGGAAGUGAGGUGGACCAGGAUUGUCACGCCAGUCACGGGCUUUAAGAGCUAUGCUGAGAUGAGGACUGCCAUCCAACAGCGGGCUCUACCAGGAGGAGCUUAUGGUUGGACUCAGUCGGGUAGCAAUGCCACCUCGCAUUUGCUCUUUGUGAUGCUCCUCCUGCUUGGUUUACUAGCAGCAUUCAUCGGUUUACAGCCGACACUAUCCAGGUCGCUCGCAACCAGGCUUUGGAUACUGGCGCGAACACACUAUCGACGAACAAUGAGCCAUUUCUCGGACUCAAAGACAGGGAUGAAACACUUUGCAAGCAUUCUGCAUGCUGUGCGAAUAUGUCAAGUCUUUUUUCAAUAUCACAAAGCACACGCAUACUCGAAAGAGAGUGGUUGAAAGGCUUGGAUGCUUUGUGAAUGUUUGAAGUUCAUCAUUGAACUCCAUUGUGUACUGCUUGCUUUGCUGAGAGCACAAUGCUCCAUGCCCUGGAAAGGAAGAUGGAUCCAGAGAUAAAGGCUGCAAGAACCGGAACCGGCUUUGUGGUGUAGCCGCAACAUGCCACAGUGCUUUUGUGUAUAUAGACUCCUCACAUUGGAUGGCAUCGAAUCGGCUCUAAACAAGAGAGCCUUUUCGUGGUCGUCUGCCAGAUGAAAAAGGAUCAAGACACAUAAAGACGACCGGAUUCGGACUGAUUGGUAGUCAUAUAUAGUUGUCAUCCUGCCAGGCAUUGGUAUUUUGAAG